UUUUCAUCUUUGUUUCUCCUUCUCCACUGCACCAACACCAACACCAACACCAAUACAAUACAUUCAUUCUUUCACCUUACCCUGUCAACCACAAAACAUGUCUUCUUCCUCUUCCCAAAUCGAAAACUCUUCUCUUCACCCAUCUUCUUCCAAAUCCAAUCAUCAUCAGCAACAACAACCACUAAGCAGGUAUGAAUCUCAAAAACGUAGAGAUUGGAACACCUUUAAUCAAUAUCUCAAGAGUCAAAAUCCACUAGUUCCACUAUCACACUGUAACUUCAACCAUGUUCUUGAUUUUCUUCGUUACCUUGAUCAAUUUGGUAAGACUAAGGUUCACUUUCAAGGUUGCAUCUUCUUUGGACAACCUACCCCACCUGCACCUUGUGCUUGUCCUCUCAAGCAAGCUUGGGGAAGUCUUGAUGCACUCAUCGGACGCCUUCGAGCUGCCUACGAAGAGAACGGUGGAUCAUCGGAGACUAACCCCUUUGCCGGAGGAGCUAUUCGGGUUUACCUUCGUGAGGUGAAGGAUAGUCAGCAAAAGGCAAGAGGGAUCCCAUAUAAGAAGAAGAAAAAGAAGAAGAAAAAUUACCAAAUUAAAGGGACUACUCAAGCAGAUCAAGGUGCUUGUGUCAAGCAACAAGAUUCUUAUAAUUGAGAUAUAUAUAUCACCCUAUAUAUUGAUGGUAAGCUUUUUUUGUUUUUUUACAAGGAAAAAAAUUAUUAAGAUAUAUGGAUGGUUAUAAGUUUGUCAUAUAUAAUAUUGAUGCCUAUAUAAUUAAUUGUUUCUUUAUGUA